GUUUGUGGCGAUGACUUACACUUUGGCUGAUGAACGCACAGAUUCUUUUCCAAUACAGGCGCGGUAGCUGGUACCUUCGCAGCCGUCGGUGUCGUCGUUGUUAUCAUCGCCAUUAUCUUCAUAACCAGUACUAUCCGACGCCGACGUCAAAAGCGGUUCGACCGCGAGAUGGACGAGGCAGCAAUGGAAGCUGCAGGCACAGAAGUACCCCCUUUCUUGGACGAUGAUGACGAGCCAAAACCUUACGGAGCUUCGGCGUAUGGAGGUGGGUAUGGACCUAGUGGUGGGUACGGUGCCCAAGGGGAUUGGAGUUCAUCGGGUGCUGGAGGGGGAGGAUACUCAGACACUGCAUCACACGGAACCUAUGCUCAGCCUCCAAUGUCACACGAGAGCUACCCCAUGCACGACUUUGGGCCGUCUCACAACCCGGGCGUUGGCGUCGGUGGAGUUUAUGAUCCCACUGGUGCUUUCGUUGGCGGUGCUGCCGCCGCAGGGGUCCAGCAUGCCAUGAGCGACAAUAGUCGUUCCAAUGGGUCUUCCACGGCAAUAGGCGACUCUCCGUAUCCUGCGUUUUUGCAACAUGAUGCAUACGAGAAUUCCGGCGGAGGUGUCGGUCCAGGUGGCUACCCUACAGUGGGACGUAGCGGCGGUUUCAAUAAUGAUGUGAUUGCGGGUGGAGCAGCAGGCAUGGCCGGAAUUGGUAGAAGGUCCAGUAUGAACGCCACAGCAUUGAACAGAAUGAAAAGCCAAAACUCCACUGGUGCUCUGUCGGCUCCAAGCUCUGGUUCAUCUCAUCCAGCCCAACCCGAAAGUUAUGCAUCACAUUUCACUCCGGGGUAUGCAGGGCCCUCUCAACAAGAUUCGAUGAACCGAAGUACUAGCGCUGGUUCGGGUCCGAUACCAGAAGCAAGUGAACCUGGUUUCAUUGCUGCAGGUGCAAACUUUAGUUCCGCGGUUCACGACGCUGCGUUUGGGCAACAAAAUCAGCAAACUGCACUGCCGAAUCCCUUUACAGCGCGCUUGGAAAGCGAUGAGAAUGCAGAUGGAGGGGCGGAAGAUCCGUAUGGUGGGUAUGGCAGCGAGGAGGAAGAGGAACAACCAAGGAAGGUUCUUAAGGUUGCCAAUGAGUAGUCGGUUCUCCCUAAUUCCGCACUCCGGAGUUGGCAAUUAUUUAUGCAUCAUCUAUCGAACUGUACUAAAACCUCGUUUCUCUCCUUCGUUCUGUGCUACAUAAUUUUUAUCUAUAGUUAUUGGUAUUGUGGUAUCGUGUUAUCUGUUUUGUUUGUGGUACUUACCAAUAAUUACGAGUUCUGUCUGUUGUUGCUCUCUUUACAUCGUUAUGUUACCCCUAUUC